ACUCCCAGUAAAUUUCUCGUCUCCCAAUCUCCGAUUCGAGGAAGCCGGAGGAGGGGAUUUCGAGCCGCGGAAUCGGGACAUUAGAGUGGCCCUCACCCGGCGCUGGAAUUGCCGAGAGGGACUGGGUUGGAGUGGAGUUCGGGAGGUGUGAGAGAAGGCGGCGAUGGGGCGGCUGUUCCUGAUGCACCUGGACGGCAACGUCUACAGCUGCAAGCACUGCAGGACCCAGCUCGGCGUUGCCAGCGACAUCAUCUCCAAGGCCUUCCACUGCAGGCACGGGAAGGCGUACCUCUUCCAUAAGGUUGCCAAUGUGACUUCUGGAGUAAAAGAAGAUCGCAUGAUGAUGACAGGAAUGCAUACUGUUUCUGAUAUCUUCUGUGUUGGCUGUGGAUCCAUCGUUGGAUGGAAAUAUGAGGCUGCUCAUGAGAAGAGCCAGAGAUACAAGGAAGGAAAGUUUAUUCUGGAGAGGUACAAGGUGUCGGGCCCUGACGGAAGCCAAUACUGGAUUCCACAAGAUCCUCACUUGGGUGGAAGCGACGCCGAUGAUAUAUGAAGCGCAAGUCAACAAGUUCAAGCCUGCUGUUCGUCGCCUCCCCUGUAGAUAACCUGGGUGUUUUUGCUCUUUAGUCAGCCGGGAUUGCUCCCAUUGAAAUAAUCCCCGGCAUAAAUUAUUGUUGUUCUUGAUGACAUGAUCAUAUCCUUCCUAUUGCCCUUGGAAGUUGUUGGAUGUUUCUAUUGUAUAUGCGUAACCGGUGUUGCUUAUAAGUUCAUCGAGUUGUAUGCCAAGCGCUAAUGACCAAAUAAUUAAAGUUUGUUAAUUGUCUGA